AUGCCCAUCGUUGGUCUUGCUCCCUUCAAAAUCACAAGAGCCACCCAGAAGUAUCACACAAAAUUCGGAUUUGAAAUUUUCAGUUGUGUGUUGCACAUGAUGCGAACAGCACAUAAAUUUGGAGAGCCAGAAAAAUCAAAAAUCAUUAAAGAAAUCAAACAAAAAGUUCGGAAACAUAAAUAUGAAAAGAAUAGAGAAAAGAUUAACGAUUUAAUGUAUGACCUCAAAAACGCAGUGUUUGAUUUGGAUUACAAGUGGCAAGUCAAAACAGGAUUGGUUCCAAACAUUCCAAAAUCAAAAGAAACAAAACGAAUGAUUGUAGAAUGA